UAACAUUUAAUAUUCCUUUUUUCUUUCCUUCUUCUCUUCUUUCACUUCCUAUAAAUCCCUUCCUCUAUUUUCGUAUACUCUGUUUUUCCCCCCUCCUCCUUCAAUAAGCCCUAAUCAUUCUGUUCAAUCUCCCCCAUCUCAAUGCCAAUGCCAAUGCCCCAUUUCAACCCUCCUUCUCUUCUUUCUCUCUUCUUCUUAUUAUUUCUUCUUCUCAUUCCUUCCGUCCUCGCUGCACCCGAUUGCCAGUGUCCCGAGGAUUCCGAAGAUGACGGUAAACGAGAUGAAACUUUAGCUCUCAAAUACAAGGUCGUUGCCAUAGCUACCAUUCUUGUCGCUGGAAUUAUUGGAGUGGUGAUUCCUUUGUUAGGGAAGCUGAUUCCGGCCUUAAGUCCGGAGAAGGAUAUUUUCUUUAUCAUUAAAGCUUUUGCUGCUGGAGUUAUAUUAGCUACUGGAUUUAUUCAUGUUCUUCCCGAUGCUUAUGGGAAUCUUACCUCCUCCAAAUUGAACGAGCAUCCGUGGGGGAAGUUUCCGUUCACUGGUUUAGUGGCUAUGGUUGCGGCUAUUGGUACUUUGAUGGUGGAUGCGGGUGCGAGUUCUUAUUAUACUCGGAUUCAUCUUAAUAAAGCUCAGCCGGAGUUGAAUGGUGAUGAUGAGAUGCGCGGCGGCGGCUGUGGCGCUCAUGAUGGUCAUGUUCAUGUUCAUACUCAUGGCACUCAUGGUCAUGCUCAUGGCUCAGCCGAUGUGGGUGGCUCAUCGACGGAGAUUCUCCGCCAUCGUGUCAUUUCUCAGGUAUUGGAGCUUGGGAUAGUGGUACAUUCGGUAAUUAUAGGAAUAGGUUUGGGUGUCUCUGAAUCUCCAGAAACAAUAAGACCUCUUGUCGCCGCCAUCACUUUUCAUCAGUUAUUUGAAGGGAUGGGCCUUGGAGGUUGCAUUGCUCAGGCAAAGUUCAAAAACAGGGCAACAAUACUAAUGGGGCUUUUCUUCUGUUUGACAACGCCAAUUGGUAUAGCAAUAGGAAUUGCAGUAACCAAAACUUAUGAUGAAGACAGCCCAAAAGCACUUAUUGUUGAAGGAAUUUUAAAUGCAGCAUCUUCUGGUAUCUUAAUCUAUAUGGCUCUUGUUGAUCUUCUUGCUGCGGAUUUCAUGAACCCUAGAAUGCAAAGCAAUGGAAAGCUUCAACUUCUUGCCAAUGUUUCCCUUAUUCUUGGAGCUGCCUUGAUGUCUUUACUUGCCAUUUGGGCAUAGAAAUAUCCACACAAAAUUCCUUUUUCUUUCUUCUUCUUCCUUUUUUUUUUAUGUUUGAAAAUAUAUAUUCACACCAAUAUCUCAAUUAGUUGAGUUAUUUUCAAGUUACGUGAUAUGUUAAAUUGUGUAUAGUUUAUUUGGUGAUAAAUGUUUUGCACUUGUGGAUUUUUUAAUACUAUAAUUGUAUAGAGGGGAGAUUGUACCUCUCACCUCUUCAAGUUUAUUUGGUGAUAAAUGUUUUGCACUUGUGGAUUUUUUAAUACUAUAAUGUUAGAGGGAUUCCACCCUAUUUUGUUUAGUUUAGAAAAAUUUAAUUAAUGUAAAAGAAAAGGAAUUUGGGAUUUUAA